AUGUACGGAUUUCUCCUUUUUUACUUCGUUGCUGACGCAGCGGCGGACAAUUUGGGAUACAAUUACCAGUCACUUGGACAUGAUGCUCAGAUUGGAGGGUCCCUCCUUGGAGGUUCCUACGCGAACGGAAAUGGAGCAAACAACCACAUUGGUGGAGUUACCACUUCAACUAACAGUGGAUUUGGCCGACUCUUUAGCACUACUGAUGCCGGAAGCAUGUAUGACAGCAGUGGUGGAGCAGGAUUAAGUUAUCACUCGGGAUCAAUCGAAUACAAUAAAGAAUUUUACAGUUAUGUUGCACCUGAUAACGAGUUCGAGAGUGAUAUUGGCCUUGAGCAACUGACUGGAACGAUGAAGAAGAACUUGCGUGUGGUUUUUAUUAAAGCACCAGAAAAUCAAGGCCUAACCAAUGCUGUGUUGCAGCUGGCUAAGCAAGCAACCGAUGACCGAACCGCUAUUUACGUGCUUAGCAAACAACCUGACAUAGCUGAUUUAGCUAAUACGUUGCAGACGCUGAAAAGUAGUAACGUGAAUCGACCGGAGGUGCACUUCGUUAAGUAUCGCACUCCAGAGGAUGCAGCGCAUGCGCAGCAAGCAAUCCAAGCGCAAUACGAAUCUUUGAACGGCCAGUCUCAAUACUCAAACGAAGGUGUAGCACCAGUUUUGGACUUUGCUUCUCCCGCAUCAGUGCCGUUUGCGAGAGCUGUUUCGAAUGAUGUCGAGGGGCCAUCGCAGAAUGUUGGCGAAUCGGUCACAAAGUUUGACAAUUCGGCAUCGAAUUCAUAUUUACCACCUAGCCAAAUCCUCAGUUGA